AUGAGUCUGCCGGACGAGCUGCACCUCGAGAUCCUCAAGUACCUCCCGGCGCAUCCCAAGGUCCUCAUCCGCGCCUCCGCCGUCUGCCAGGAAUGGCGCCGCAUCUUGCGUGAUCCAAGGUUUCUCCGCCUGCACCGCGCGCUCCACGGCGAACAACCAUCCGCCGCAGCCGUCGGGUUCUUCCACAAUGCUGCUAGCGGCGUCCAGCGGAGGUUCCUGCACAUCCCCAGACCCGACGACCCAUCCAACCUCUCCUUGCCGAAAAAGUACAUACGCGGAUGGAAGUUCGUCGAUCGUUGCCACGGCCACGUCCUCCUCGGCUCCGGUGGCAGCCGCCCUCGCUUCCUCGUGUGGCACCCCACCACCGGCGACUGCCAACUUAUUCCGGACAUAGACCUUUUCUUGCCGAGCAAGGCCAGCGGCAACCGCCGUAACAACGCCGGGCUGCUCUGUCUUUGCGACGACGACCACGGCGAGGGCCGGCGCCACAUGGACUGCCAUACAAGCCCCUUCCGUGUGGCCGUCGUCUUCUGCGUGCCGGGCUACAAAACUGCAUGUGUCUUCUCCUCGCUCACCGGCCAAUGGAGCGACGACGUAGAACCUAUGGUGACAGCAAGCGGACUCCGCCCGGAGCCCUGCGCCGUCGUUGGCAGCACCAUGUAUCAGCUGCUCCAUGAUGACCUCGUUCUCGCGUGUGACACCGACGAACAAACCCUAACCACGUUCCAGCGUCCAAAGGGCAGCCACGCACGCCUCCUCAGGGCGGACGGCGAUGUGCUCGGUUUCGCCAUGGUGCUGGGCUUCACCGUCCAUCUAUGGACGCGAGACGCCGCCGCUAGUUGGGUGCUGCGCAACAAGAUCGAUAUGGCCGAGGUUCUUCCGGGCCUAUCCACAGCACCGUUGCCUAGGACAGAAUAUCGCUUCUCCUUGAUGCCGCCCGUCAAGGUCAUCGGAGUUGUGGAGGACGGUGAUGGGCUGUUUCUGUGGACUAUGCUUGGCAUAUUCAUAUUUUCUCCCAGAUCCAAGGAGUUUAAGAAGGUGCAUAAGGCUGCAGCGGAUAUGGAGAUUGUUUACCCUUUUUCUGCCUCCUAUCUCCCGCUCACAUGGAAUCACUAUCACUAUUUAUCAGAUGGCCGGCAACAAAAAAGAAGAAGAACAACAGAGCAAUUAUAG